AUGGAACCUGUAAUGACGACGGAACAUGUGACCUAUGUAAGGCAGAGUUCAGAGGGCCUAGAUGCGAACCAUGUUUGCCAGGAAAAUAUGGUUCAGGUUGCAGGUUUAACUGCACACAUCAGAACUGCCUAUGUACGACUUGCUGAGUGUCUACAGUGUAACCAGACGGAUGGAAAGUGCUCGUUGUGUAGUGAGGGAUAUUCCCUACAUGAAAAUGGUAGUUGCAAUGGCUGCUCAGGAAACUUCUACGGACAUUUCUGUAACAUUAAAUGCCCGGAAAACUGUCAGCAAUGUGAAACAAAAACGAGUUGUAACAACGGCGGUAAAUGUACAUAUGGAUGCGAUGAUGGCUACAAAGGGGAUGAUUGCACAGGGAGCGAUAAACAAGAUAAUGUAGCUGCCGAGUCACCAGUAGGAUAUAUUGUGGGAAUAGUGACCGUUGUAGUCAUCAUCGGUGUUGUUGUUGCGGUGUUCUUUCUGCGUCAAAGAUUAGCUCGCCUGUCUCCUUCACACACAAACGGAAGCAUGAAUACAACUGUCAAAGCUGACGUUAUUGUCGAAAACAAGAACAAUUCAAACGAAGGGAAUGAGCGCAACAACCGAGAUUCCAUCGAUUCUAAUCAACGGCAUCAGGCAAGCACGUCUUCUUCAGUAAAUCAACCAACAUCAAUAUGCGAGAUUGAUCUGGAAUUUGAUAAAGAUUCUAUUCACGAAGCUGAAAGUACUCCUGGUGUAUAUUACAACAACUCGGUCGCUUUGCAGAGGCCUAAAGUUUCUGUUGACGGUCUUGUUGAAUACGUUGAUUCAUUAACACAGGAUGAUAUCAAAGUUGCAUUUGAGAAAUUUCCCCAAGGGCUUAUUAAGCCGUACGUUCACUCCCAAAGAAGUGGCAACUUGCAAAGAAACAGAUACAAGGGCAUUUAUCCAUAUGACGAUUGCAGAGUAAAGAUUCGGGAUGAAGAUACGGAUUACAUCAAUGCAAGUUUUAUUGAUGGAUAUAAAAAGAGGAAAGAGUACAUCGCGACCUUAGGACCAAUGUCGCAGCAACUGGGAGAUGAAUUCAAACCCUUCUGGCGAAUGGUUUGGCAACAGAAGGUUGAGAAAAUUGUCAUGGUCACAAACUUGAUUGAAAAUGGGACGGGUAAAUGUGAACAGUAUUGGCCAAACGUUGCUACUAACAAGAUGUAUGGCGAGUUUAGAAUUAGGUGUCAUUCGGAGGACAUGUAUGCCGAGUUUACGAGAAGAGCCCUUACAAUUGCAAAGUCAUCCGAAGAAAGGUCCAUCUACCAACUGCACUUCACAUGUUGGCCAGACAAAGGCAUUCCUGAUGAUGUCACAGCAAUCAUUGAAUUCAGACAAAGAGUACUGAAUACGCCUACAGCGUAUAAAGGGCCUACUGUGGUCCACUGCAGUGCUGGUGUGGGACGAACGGGCACAUACAUUGCUCUGGACAUCCUGACGAAGGAGGGUGAAACUGAAGGAGCGGUUGAUAUCCCUGGAUGUGUGGUCAACAUGCGACAGAACAGGCCGAACAUGAUACAGACUAUGGAGCAGUAUCAAUAUCUCCACAAGGCUGUUGUGUAUUCCCUGACUUUCAAUUGCACACCGAUCAAGGCAGAACAGUUUCAGCAAUACAUGAAGACAACAAGAAGAGCUGACUUAAACAGGCAAUUUCAACAACUUCAGCACACCGUUGAACAGCGAUCAAAACAGGAAGCAAACGCAGUCAAAAGAAAUAAAGAACACUUGGCUAAAAACCGAGCCAAUGCAGACAUACCAGGUGAUGAAAAUCGACCACGACUCUACCUUCGGUUGGAAAGUGGAUCGUCCGAUUACAUCAAUGCUGUGUACAUACAUGGUUUCAAAGAAAAACGCCGAUUUCUUGUUGCACAGACUCCCUUGCCAGAGACCGUUAAUGCCUUCCUGACAUUGGUUGUCCAAGAAAACUGCUCAUGCAUUGUCAGUUUUGAACCAGACAUGGACAAACAAAGGAAUGUUGGAAUAUACUACCCGGCGGAAAACAUGCAGGUGUUAAAGAAGGGGUCAUUUGAAGUCAGCUCUUCACGUGAAACAAGGAAAUCCCACUAUGCAAUGAGAAACCUUAAAAUACGUCAUACGGGGGCGACAGGGCGUCUUCCUGAGAAAACUCUGUCCCACAUUCAGUUCACUGAGUGGGAUGAAAUUAAGAAUGUCCCUCUUUCUGUUAAAAACUUUCUCACCUUCCUGAAUGACGUGGAGGAAACAGCAAACAAACAGAAAGAUGGACCGAUACUUCUUCAUUGUUUUGAUGGAGCAGGCCGAACGGGUCUAUUCUGUGUGGUGUCAAUGCUGCUGAGGAAGAUGGCCAUAGAACACGAAGUUAGUGUUCUCAAUGCUGUUAGAAAG